AUGCAUGGGAAUGCGACGACAUCAAGCGAGACGUCAGUAGGAACCAACACGGCUACAGUAACAGCCACCCCCGGGACUAGCAAAGCGCCUCCUGCAGCCAAGUUCCGACAUGGUCUCCUGCAGCUUAUGAUACACACCAUCGAUCCAAUGCACGACGGUGAGUUAGGUAAAGUAGACGAGAAAGCAACGCAGUUACACGCGAUAGCGUCUCUCAAAGUGUUAUUGGAGGCGACGCGACCAACUGCAGGAGGAACUGGUGCGGCUGCUGCGAGACAUUCUGCUGCUGUCGCUAAAGAAACGCCUUUGGAUCUCCCGAACGGAGGUCUUACUGAUGUACAGUUAGAUGCGAUAGAAGAGAUUGGAGACUUGGAGGAUGACACGACGCCGCUGGACAUGUCAUGGCCUUCUGGUUUCCGGAAGCGAAUCACGUAUUUGUUGGUCGCACCCAUUAUCUUCCCAUUAUGGAUGACCCUCCCGGACACGAGGACUCCGCGAGGGAAGAAACUUUUCCCUGUAACAUUUAUAGGAUCGAUAGUAUGGAUAGCGUUUUUCUCCUACCUCAUGGUGUGGUGGGCUAAUUUGGUGGGGGCGGCGGCCUACGUCCCCCCGGAAGUGAUGGGGCUAACGCUCCUGGCUGCAGGGACUUCGGUUCCGGAUCUCAUCACGUCCGUCAUAGUCGCGAGAAAAGGCUUCGGUGAUAUGGCGGUCUCGAGCUCAGUUGGUAGCAAUAUUUUUGAUGUUACUGUUGGGCUACCUCUUCCAUGGCUCCUCUACGGUAUAAUAUAUGGGGAACCCGUUCGAGUCAACUCCAAGGGUAUGGUCUGCAGCAUCGUGUUGCUGUUCGCCAUGCUCGUCUUCGUCAUCAUCAGCAUCGCCUGCUUCAGGUGGAAGAUGAACAGAGGCUUGGGCUUCACCAUGUUUUUAUUAUACUUCGUCUUUGUUGCCGUCAGUCUUGGACUCGAGUACGGUUACCUACAUUGCCCUAGCGAG